UGCUCAUUUCAAUUUAGACAAAUGUGUACACUCUCUUACAACAUUGUUUGGAGAAUAAAUAUUAACUAUUAACUAUUACUACAUAUUACACGUAAUAAAAUUAUGACCCAAUAAAGAGAUACACAAGGGAGGAUCAUAAAUCCAAACAUAACUAUCAGACAUAGAAUCGGGUAUCGGCUAUCCUAGCAAACUCAUGGGCCACCCGAUUUGCUGACCGCCUUAUAGGAGAAAAAAUUAUACUAAUAAAAGUAGAUGGGUAAUUAUCUAAUAUCUUUAGCUAUAACACCAAAUGGGGACUUGUCUCAACCCUCCUGAAUGCUAGCAAUUAAUUAUUGAGCAUCCGAUUCGGUAUGUAUGUUAUCCCAACCAUUUCCUUUGAUCCAACUUAGAGCCUCCCGCAUGAAAAUUGCCUUCCCAGAUUUUGUUGUUUCUUGCUCUCCCGACUCCCCACAAAAGCCCACAAACUUAGUACACAAGUCCUCCCUUCCUGCUGCAAAAAACUCUUCAGCCCAUUCAACGAAAGAAUACUCAGCCUUUAUGGGUAGCGCCUAAUUGAUUUGUUUUGCCAGCCUACAUUGCCCAAAAGUAUGCGGUCGGUCCUCAGCACUCUCAGCUCAUUGCACAACUGACAGAUUAAUAAUAUACGACAUUUCUUUGGAGCAACAAUAUGUAGAAAAUCAUUAGAACAGUGUCAUGUUAAUCCCACUUGCUAUCGGAUAUUAAGACCCGGGAUUCCAUCCUAAAAGUCAACCUGACAGGAGGAGUAGCCCAAAACCUUAUAUAGUGUUUAAUUGUUUUAUAGCUUUCCGGUGUGGGACAAAUGAUUUAACACUUAUCAUAUAUCAAUCUGAACAAAAAGUGAAUAAACACAGUAGGAAUAAUAGUCACAUUGGCCUAUAUACUUUGUACUAGCUAAGAAUGAUCAGCUUUUGAUAUGACAAACACGAAUGAACUCAGCAUGUUCACUGAUCAUAUAUGGAUUGAAAUGUAAUAGAUUGGUCUAAGUGGGGCACUUGAGACAUUAUGCGGACAAGGAUAUGGCGCAAAGAUGUACAGAAUGAUGGGAAUAUACCUCCAGUUUGGUGGUUUUCUGAUCACAUCUUAAUUUUACUAAAACAAGAACCUGAAAUAGCAAAACUGGCUGGCUUGUACCUGAAGUUUCUCAUCCCAGGAUUAUUCGCCUAUGGUUUUCUGCAAAAUUUGUUGAAGUUUAUGCAGACACAGAGGGUUAUUUUACCAUUGGUCUUGAGCUCAAUUGUGCCACUAUCUAUCCAAGUCUUCCUCACUUACGUAUUGGUUCAGUUAACGAGCCUGGGUUUUGCUGGUGCUCCAUUGGCUGCCUCAAUUUCAUUGUGGAUAUCAUUCUUUAUGUUGGGUUUCUACGUACUAUAUUCGGAGAAUUUCAAGAAUACAUGGGAAGGAUUUUCGUCGGAAUCAUUUGCUUAUCUAUAUACAACUAUGAAGCUGGCUUUGACCUCCGCUGCUAUGCAUGGAGUAUUGGGCCUUUGAGCUUCUAGUGCUGUUGGCAGGCAUUAUGCCGAACUCGGAGAUAACAACUUCACUUAUUGGAAUCUGUUUAAACACAGAAGCCAUUGCCUUCAUGAUUGCAAUUGGACUUAACGCAUCUGCAAGCACAAGAGUGUCGAAUGAGCUGGGAGCUGGAAAACCUGAGAGAGCUAAGCAAGCGGUUGCAGUGACAUUUAUGUUGUGUGUCCUUGUUAUUUCGGCAACUGCUCUUUGUCUCAUCAUUGGUCACAAUGUUUGGGCUGGCCUAUUUAGCGAUAGCUCUGUUGUCAUUUCCAAAUUUGGAUCAAUGGCACCAUUCCUUGUUAUCUCAAUCAUCGGUAGCUAGGGGAUGUGGUUGGCAGCACUUGGCUGUGUGCAUAAACUUGGGAUCAUUUUAUGGCAUUGGAAUGCCAAUUGCAGUAGUCCUGGCUUUCAAGUUCCAACUUUAUGCUAAGGUAAUUAAUCUAGUUGUAGAUGUGAUGCAUAUAUUAAUUGUUGGAGGAUUGUCAUAAAAAUAAUAAUUAUUUCCGUAAUCAAAGUUUGUUUAUAAAAUUUAAAGAAUUAUGACAUGCUAUACCGAUCAAAUGCAAAGAUGCAAACUCACAUAUAAGAGUUGUAAGUACUUGUCUACUCUUAAAAACAACAGGAUAGAGUCUUAAAUCAUACUACAAUAUCAAUUCAUAAGCUCUAACCAAUUUGAUCCCGGCAAGCCUCGUCCAUUAUUUUAUGUGCUUUUUUUGGCAAAAAUAAUUAGAUUUUAUUAUUAAAUCAAGAGAGAGAGAAAAUACAAAGCGUUAAUGAGUGGAGAAAUCUAGAGAAAGUAAGAGAUCUUAAGGUAACCAUAUUCUAAAAUAUAUAUAAAAAAAAACAUAUAGGCUCAAGUAGCUAAUGAAAGCUUUUCCGCCAACCUGGCACUUCUUCGAGGAAAAGGCAGUUUCUUAGGAUGGUUAGGCUUGAUAGAACUCCAAUUAGGGUCUGCUAGAUGAUCCAGUAAAGCUUGACCAGAUGGCGGAAUUCUAACAACGAUGACCUCAUCUUCGCUUGAGUCUGUAUUCUCACCCAUGGAGGUCUGCUCUAGCUUUCCCGCGCCCUCUUUAGUAGUCGGAUUAUCUGAUGCAAUUGAUAAGAGUUCUGUGACCAUAUCAGAUUCCAUGCUCAAAAACUUCUUUAAGUCAACCUGAAAGAGAGAUUCGGAAAUGGAAAGCCUGUUUUCUGGUUCCACCAUAACAUCUACCUCAAUACACUCAAGCGACAUAUCAGCCCGUUCUACAUUUAUUUGCAUCUUCUACUCAAGCAACACCAAAGCUUUUGAGAGGUUUGAAGUAAAAUGGUAGAAACCAUUUGCAUUCCUUCCCUCCGGGGAGGGCUG